GCACGCCUCUCGCCUGGGAGGAUAGUCCAAUGUUCAAGGUACGUCCGAGUCGUGCGAUAUGUUUCUCGAUACCGGAAUCUUGUGAUUUAGGUUUAUAUUAAAAGGGGAAAGCGAUGAUCUGCAUCCUGCUAGUCGCCGGUCACGGCACGAUCCUUGAGACCCAGAUCAAGAAUGAUACCAGUGGGCUCUACGGCCACCUGACUGGGGUUCCGAAGGCUCUGCUGCCAGGGAUUGGAGGGAAGAAAAUCCUGGACUUCUGGUGGGAGACAGUAAACAUGCGGCAGUUAUUCAGUGAGGUGUAUCUGGUCACAAACGCAGAUAAGUAUAAACACUAUGAGCGCUGGGCCACUGCCAAUGGCUUCCCCGCAGAGAACGUGGUGAACGAUGGCAGCACCACGCCAGAGGACUGCCUGGGCGCCGUGGCCGAUCUGGAGCUGGUCAUCCGGAGCCGGCGGCUGCAGGAUGAUAUCAUGGUGAUUGCUGGGGACAUGCUCUGCUCUGACCAGAACUUUGACAUCGCCCAAGUGCUUCGCUUUUUCAGAUCCAAGCCUGGAGAUCUGGCCAUAUAUUAUGUGCUGGAGGAGGGUGAGCGGAGCUGCUCCAGGGGCAUAGUUGAAGUUUGCCCUGACACACACAGGAUCACGCGCUUCCUGGAGAAGCCAGAAGAGGGCCUCACGGCCUCCCGCCUGGCCAGUGUGGUAUUCUACUGCCUGCGCCGAGUCACGCUCCCUCGGCUCUCCCAGUUCCUGGCCUUGCAGUCGUCUGCUUGGGAUCGCGCUCUGGGCAGGUUCUGGGAGUGGCUCAUUAAUGACGAAAAAGUACCUGUGUUUGGGAUGAAGUUACCAACCGGCUUUCAGCUCAUUGGGCAAGUGGGUCUGUCAGACUACAUCCAGUGGCUGUCACGCUACGCCGCCAAGCAGGAGGGCACCUCAGGGAAACCCAUAACCUGCCGCACAUACGCCAGGUAUGCCCACUGGGGGGGCAGAGUGCAGGUAUGCCAGGUACGCCCGCUGGGGGGGCAGAGUGCACGUAUGCCAGGUACGCCCGCUGGGGGGGCAGAGUGCACGUAUGCCAGGUACGCCCGGUCUGGCUGGCAGCAGAUUCCCCAUGUUGACUCCAUGUCUGUGCCUAUUCCGGAAUCUUCCUGUUAUAUCAAUGCUUUAAUCAGUGUCUUUCUUAAUCAUAGUGCCAUAGUAUCUGCCACUCUGAAGUGCCUGAUGAAAUUCUACAACAUCACAGACCAUGACAUGCCGAGAGCAGUGCAGGCCAGCUUCAUCCUGAACGUCGAGACUGAGGAGCUGUUCAUCACGGCGGGACUGCAGGACCGAGUGGUGCAGGUGUAUGAAGGCCUGGUGUACAUGGACUUCAGUAAGGACCUCAUGGACGAAAAGGGCUACGGGGAGUACAUCCCAAUGGACAUGACAGACCUUCCCCAGUUCUGGUUGGCCUACCUCUGCGACCCCAGUGAUUCUGGGCGGAUCCACAGCAAUGUGCGUCAGCGCUGGCUGAACGGAGACACCGCCGUGGUCCAGGCCAUGAAUUCCUUUGCGGAGUUGACCGAUCAGGCCAGGUCAGCUUUCAAGUGCAAAGACUGGUCCAGGCUGGCUCAACUCAUGGAUCAGAACUUCGAGCUCAGAAGGUCUGUGUACACCGACGAGAGUCUGGGUCCUGGGAACCUCAAGAUGGUGCAGAUUGCGAUACAGUUUGGCUCUGCAGUGAAGUUGCCUGGCAGUGGAGGUGCAGUUGUGGGACUUUGUUUGGACUCUGACAGACUGAUGGCGAUGAAACAGGCUUUUCAAGAGGCAGGCUGUGUCUUCUGCAUUAUCGUGCCAUAUGACCCAUCUUCUGCAAGUGUGCAGGAUUCUGAUCUUGCCCCUUAAUACCUACCCAAUAAUAUACUAUAUGAAGUCUGUGAAAUUUGUAUUUGCAAUAUAGCAUUUGGAUGUAAAACGAAGACUGUCUGUAUUGCUGGAAUAUGCAAGUGCAAUUCUGAUACUGGAAGAAACGGGGUCCCAGCUGUUCUGUGUUUUUGUCUAUCCUCAACUGUGUUAGUUACAUGAGCCUUUGGUCUGGAAUACCUAAUUCAGUCAUGGUUUUUACUAUUUUUUUACAUAAUGUCUGUUCAUAAAAUUAUGAUGUUUAUAGGAUUUUAUGCAAAGUUUUUACACAACACAAAAGAAUCAACAUCUUUUUAAGCAUGUAAUUGCAUCAUUACAUUUGAGCUGAAAUAAACUACCAUAAUUACAUUUUA